GCUGAGCAUCACAAUACAGAGAAGUCUGCCUCUUCAGCAUUUGGAUCCCACCACACCAGUGCACAGCUAUGAAUUCAGCUGUAGGCCUCGCAGGACUUUGGAUGAUUGCUCUGACUUUUUACGGUGUAAACAUGGGAGAGACCAAGAAGAACUCUCUCAAAGAGCCCGAUGUCCCGUUCCCACCUGCCCGUCCCACUCCUGAUAAUUUGGCUGCUAUUUGUCAUCAUGGUCGAGGUCGUCCCAGGUAUCCACCUAGUUUCUUCCCAAAAUCCGGUUCCAGCCACUUCCGACGCCGUGGACAUGCCAUGAACCGGCUGGAGUCAUGGUUUGGUGUGUGCUGCAGUGGACAAAUAGCCCAGGAGAGCAACCAGAUGCUCUGCUGCGCCCAGCAAGCGUGGAGAAAAGCCCUGUCUCAGUUCUGUGUGGAAGAAUACUCCACCAUGACCCUCCCGUACGAGUGCUGCGAGAACACUGGAGACGCUCGGUGGACGUGUUUCGACAGUAAGCUGCCGAACCCAGACUACAGAUCAACACCGGGCUACGAUGCCCCUGAAAUCCCAGAGGAGCCAGGAUUCACGUUUGACCCAAGUGCCUGCUAGAAAUGAAAAAAAAAGAAAAAGAUCAUAUAUAUAUAUAUAUAUAUACACACACAACUUUCCACUUUCAUAUACCUAGAUAGAGUAUUAAAGAAAAACUCACAUUCAGAUUCAGAUAACAAACAAAAUCUGCAGGAUAGAGACAAACCUCUAUCACACAAUGCUUUGUACAAUAAUUUCAUCUUGUCUUUGUCCCAGGCUCUCUAUGAGUAGGACAGGACAUACUGGUUUGAUUUAUGCUAUCUAAGGACAAUCAGAGUCCCAUCCAGCCUCAUUAUCAACUCAUCAGUUUAGCCAAACUUUUCCAUAUUAAUAGAAAACACAUUUUUAAAAUGUGAAGCAAAUGCUCACUGUUAUAACUCCCAUAAAAUGUGCCUGGAUUGAAUGCUGUAAUUUCUGGGUGCAGUAUUUAUAGAGCACAAAAUGAACACACUCCCCAGAGAGCCUGAUAUGUUUUUUGUUACUAUAACUCUUUGUUACAGACUUGAUAUAUCAGCUUCAAAAUUCAGUCAUUUUAACAUCCACACACACGCCUGUAAAAGGUAUUUUAGAAAAGUUGGCUGGAUUAUUAGUGUGUUUGGCUUUAUCAUGUCAUUAUCAUGUCAUUGAUCAGUAAUAAAAGUCGUAGUGUGUUGUACUUUUAGUGUGACUUUUGUUUUGUGCAGUUAAAAAGUCACAAAUAAAAACUUU